ACAAGUCAAGCGCAUUUCUGUGAAAAGUAAAAAAGUUUUAACAAUCUCGGCAUAUUCUGAAAGCCACAGCAAUGGCCCCAAGGAAACGCAUUUCGAAGAGUGUAGUACCGGUAGCGCAGACGGUGGAGAGCCCGUCCCGUCGUUCAGUUGGCACCCAAACUAAUGUCCUGGCAAUGGGUCCGUCGAACCGCAAGGUCAAGCCGCUGGCUUUGCAGAUACCGCCGUCCCAACAUUUGGCCACGCACCUGAUGCCGGCGGUCAAUCCGCAGGCAGUACCGUUGGCCGCUUCCAUUAUGAUAUGUAAACAACCGGCGGCUUGUCCACCGUUUGUCCCCGAUUUGAAUGAGAAGGCCUGCCAGGCGGUGGACGACGGUACUCUGGAUCAUCCCGGUACGGGGAUCGUCCCGAAUAACGGCGAGCGACAGAUGAAUUAUCUGAAGUCCCUGAUGACCAGUCGAGACCGAAAGGACAAUCACUGGGAUCGCAAUCGUCUGGAAACUCUGAUGGCCAUAAUCAACAACAAUCCACCGCCGCGUUGGCACCUGGCGUCCCAAAUGUGGCUGGAGGUCGACCAACUGGAGGAGCGUAUAGAGGCCUACAAUCAGAGGAAGCUGCUCAAUGCCAAGAAACGUAAGAUGGACAAGGAGCUGGACAAUGGGCAAUACGAGGGGCAGGACGGACGGCAGGGCGAGCAGCAGGACGAAGAGGUUAUUUAGCCUCCAGCGAAAACUUAGGAAAUCGAGCCAUAUGUUUGAUGUCUAAUUG